GUGUUGAUAUAUGACAACAUAAUCUCGUCUCAGGUUUGGUGUUCGGUGCUGUUUCUAUCACCGCUCCAUCUGCGGAGAAGGAAUAGGGAGUGUGUAUAAAUAUAUACUUCGUAUGCCAGUUGCAAAGGUAUGGAGGCUCCGUUGGAUGGGAAUGGAAAACCUUGAUUCACCUUGUCUUUCUUUAUGUGGAAGCUGAACCUGAGCCUGCGAGCCUGACCAGUCGAGCCAGUGACCUCGGAGAGCUUCCGCACAGUCCACCUCCUGGCCUGUGAUGCCCUACCCCCUCCCCCUACGCACCGAAGUGGGCGUGAAUCUGAACGCAAGUUGAAGCAUCGCCUACGUAGUAGAGCAUUAGUUCUUGCUACUACACCAUUCCACUGCUUGACCAACGCCUCGAUUUUUUGGUAUUCUGCCACAUACAGCUCCCAAUUCCCGAGGAGAAUCUUCCAAACCAAAGCCCACGUCCCGAAGAAUAAUCACGAAAAGGUGCGAGUGUAGGCGCAAAGGCGGUGGUCACAGCAAAAGCCCUGGGGAGAUGACCACAUCAGGUGGACCUUGACAACCGAUGCGCCGUUGCGAACAACGAACGAACCGGCAAGAUGGACGUCGUGCAGGCAGUAUCGGGAUACAUCUCCAAGAUGGUAUCGGCAGGAGAUAGUGCUUCCGGGGCGCCUGCCGCCAAAAUGAAGAUUCUCCUGCUCGACAGUGAAACCGUGUCCAUCGUUUCCACCGCCAUUACCCAGUCGGCCCUGCUGAACCACGAGGUCUACCUUAUCGAUAGAUUGGACAAUCAGAACAGGGAGAAGAUGCGACAUUUGAAGUGUCUGUGUUUUGUGCGGCCUUCAGCAGACUCGAUACAGUUCCUCAUUGACGAAUUUCGAGAACCCAAGUACGGAGAAUACAAUAUAUAUUUUAGCAACAUUGUGAAGAAGUCGUCUUUAGAACGGCUAGCAGAAGCAGACGACCACGAAGUGGUCAGGGCGGUGCAAGAACACUUUGCCGAUUACUUGGUGGUCAAUCCUGAUUUAUUUACACUGGACAUGGGCUUUCCACGGCAGAGGAUAUGGAGUUCAAACCCGGAUAUGUGGAAUGCGGAUGCCUUGCAGCGAGCAACCGAAGGUCUCAUUGGAGUUUUGCUGUCUUUGAAAAAGAAGCCACUGAUACGAUACGAGAAGAACAGUUUGAUUGCCAAGAAACUUGCUACUGAAGUCCGUUAUCUGAUGACACAAGAAGACCAAUUAUUCGACUUUAGGAAGGUCGAUACACCUCCAAUCCUUCUAAUACUUGACAGGAGAGAUGACCCAAUAACACCACUUUUAACUCAAUGGACAUACCAGGCCAUGGUUCAUGAACUUUUGGGAAUACGCAAUGGCCGAGUGGAUCUGAGUGAUGUCCCAGAUGUCCGACCAGAAUUGAAGGAAGUGGUAUUAUCGCAAGAUCAGGAUCCGUUCUUCAAGAAGAACAUGUAUCUGAAUUUUGGAGAUCUUGGGGGCAAUAUUAAAGAUUACGUUGAGCAAUACCAACACAAAACCAAAAAUAGUUCCAACAUCGAGUCAAUAACGGAUAUGAAGCGGUUUAUUGAAGAUUAUCCGGAAUUCAGGAAGCUUUCCGGAAAUGUCAGCAAGCAUGUCACACUUGUUGGGGAACUGAGUCGAAGAGUUGGGGGAGAGAAUCUCUUAGAGGUUAGUGAGGUAGAACAGAGUUUGGCAUGUAAUGAUAAUCAUGCCACGGAUCUCAAAGUAAGACACCUCAGAAAUAUAAAAAUACUCACUCCCAAAGUAUCGUCUUUACUAACAACUUCUCAGAAUGUCCAAAGACUCAUUCAAUCCCCAACAGCCACCGCCGACUCCAAACUAAGGCUGGUUGCUCUCUAUUCACUUCGCUAUCAAAAACACCCUUCAAAUGCUUUACCUAUCUUAGUAGACCUCCUAAUAGCAGCCGGAAACGUCCCCCAACGCCGUAUCGACCUGAUCGCUAAACUCUUAAUUUACCAGUCCUCCCUCCAACAAGCUCAAUCCGCCGGGGGGAUAUCUGACAUGUUCGAAUCAGCAGGAAUUUUCUCUGGAGCAGCAGGACGCUUCAAAGGGCUCAAAGGCGUAGAGAAUGUCUACACUCAACACUCCCCGCGUCUCGAACUCACCCUACAAAAUCUCAUCAAGGGGAGGCUACGAGACCAACAAUACCCGUUCGUAGAAGGCGGUGGUUCCACAAAAGAUAAACCACAAGAUAUCAUCGUUUUCAUUGCUGGAGGAGCAACUUUCGAGGAAGCGAAAUGUGUAUCUAACCUUAAUGCCAGCUCACCGGGAGUCAGAAUUGUCCUGGGAGGAACGUGCGUGCACAAUAGCACGACCUUUUUGGAAGAAAUGGAAGAUGCGGUGUCUUCCUGGCCGGAACCGCCUGCUACUACAGCAGCGGGUCGGUUACGGAAGGAAACUGGGAGGAGAUGAUGCAUGGGAUUUUGUGUAUGGAGUUCUGGGAGUUUAUGGAAUGGAGAUCGGGUCGGCAUUG